AUGAUUAUUAGAAGUCUAAAGAACCAAUUAGUAAAGAAUAGUGAGAAUGUUAUAGGGUUGUAUCAAUCGUUGCAUCAGUGGGGUAGUACAUGUCCCUGUCACGGUACUCCUAUUGCACAAUGCUCUAAUCCUCCUUCGCAGUCACUACAGACUAAUCAUGUGUCACCUGUAUUCAUCUCAACUUCGACAUCCAAUGCAAUACUCUCUUCUCCAUCACCAUCCUCAUCUUCUUCUACCUCUUCAUACAAUAGAUCAGUAUACAACAAUGCAUCAGUAUCAAGUAUAAGACAUGAUAUGGAUUUGAUUCAAAAGUUUGGGUCGUGGAGUAGCGACAAUAGAGCCACUAGAAGAUACAGUAGUGGAAUCAUCGUUGAACCGUCACAGACUGAAUAUGCCUUUGAAAUGGCAACCUCCAACAUUAAAUUUGGUCCUGGUUGUACACAUGAAAUUGGACAGGAUUUGAUAGACCUAAAGAUUAAGAAUGUCUGUGUAUUUGCAGAUCCACACCUUUUGGCUAUGUCUACUACCGGUACUGGAGGUGAAUCACCUGUCUCUGUAGUAUUACAUUCUCUUAAAAAGGCUGGUAUCAAUUUUGUAAUCUAUUCAAAUAUUUCAAUUGAACCAACUGAUGAAUCUUUUAAAGAUGCAAUUGAAUUUGUAAAGAAUGCUAGAAUUCCAAUUGAAGGGUUUGUAGCGGUUGGUGGAGGUAGCACUAUUGAUACUUGUAAAGCAGCCAAUCUCUACACAACCUUUCCCACUGAUAACUUUUUAGAUUAUGUCAACCCUAUUAUUGGCCUGGGUAAGCCUGUUCCCGGCCCAGUCAAGCCUCUGAUCGCUGUGCCAACAACUGCCGGCACGGGAUCAGAGACCACUGGUGUAUCGGUGUUUGAUCUUUUAGAGCUAAAGGCCAAAACUGGCAUUGCACACAAGAAUCUCAAGCCUACACUUGGUAUUGUCGAUCCACACAACACAUUUACAAUGCCAACCAACGUGGCAGUAGCUUCUGGUUUUGACCAGCUCUGUCAUGCACUCGAGUCGUACACUGCCAUCCCGUACAACAAGAGAACUCGCACACCCAUCAGACCUGCCUACCAAGGGUCGAAUCCAAUCAGCGAUAUUUGGUCUCUCAAAGCACUAGAAAUGAUCAAUGAAUAUCUUCCAACAGCUAUUGAGAACCCAACCGAUCUCAAUGCUAGAUCACAGGUAAUGUUGGCAGCUACCUCUGCAGGUAUUGGUUUUGGUAAUGCCGGUGUUCAUCUUUGUCAUGGUAUGAGUUAUGCUGUAUCUGGUUUGGUCAGAGAUUAUAAACCUGAAGGAUAUAAUGUUGAUUAUCCAAUCAUUCCUCAUGGAAUGAGUGUUUGUUUAAAUGCACCAGCAGUAUUUGAAUUUACGGCAAGUGCAAAUCCAGCUCGUCAUCUUGAAUGCGCUCGUUUGAUGGGUGCCAAUAUUAAUAAUGUUAAAGAUCAAGACGCUGGAAAAAUAUUAUCAAAUCAAAUUAGAAAAUUAAUGAAGAGAUUAAAGAUUCCUGAUGGAUUAAAAGCUAUCAAUUAUACAAAGGAUGAUAUUCCAGCAUUAGUUCAAGGUACCUUACCACAACAUAGAGUGACUAAACUUUCUCCAAGACCAGUUGGAGUUGAAGAAUUAACAAAAUUGUUUGAAAAUUCAAUGACCAUCUAUUAA